UUGUGCUGCAGGCAGGGUGGAUUCCUGAGCUCAGGAAAGUGAAACUAACCCAGUAACAGAGUCCAGAGGGAGCCAUGGCCGCAGAGAACCUCAUGGAUCUUCUCCAGGGCGAAGCUAGCUGCCCUAUCUGCGGGGAGUAUUUUAAAGACCCAGUGGUUAUAGACUGUGGGCACUGUUUCUGCCGAGCCUGCAUCAGCCAGUGCUGGGAGGGUCUGGAUACAAGCUUCUCCUGUCCUCAGUGCAGAGAAACUGCAGAUCAGAGAAACCUGAGGCCGAACCGACCCUUGGCAAAUGUCCUAGAACUAGCCAAAUGGCUGAGUCUACAGGUGAUGAAGGUUGCAGGAGGGGAGGGAGUGUGUGAGGAGCACCGGGAGCCUCUCAAACUGUUCUGUGAAGAGGACCAAGCCCCGAUCUGCGUGGUGUGUGACAGAUCCCGGGCUCACAGAGCUCACACAGUGGUUCCUAUCGAGGAGGCAGCCCAGGAGUACAAGGAAAAGAUUCAGGCCCAUUUGGAGACUCUGAGGGAAGAGCAAGAGAAGCUGCUGGGUUUUAAAGUGACUGGGGAGGGGAAAAGUCAGGAGUCCCUGAUACAGACACAAACCGAGAGGCAGAAGAUUGUGUCUGAAUUUCAGCAACUGAGGAAGUUCCUGGAGGAACAAGAGCGACGUCUGCUGGCCCAGCCGGCAAACCUGGAAAAAGAGAUUGUGAAGAUACAGAAUGAAAAUGUCACUAAACUCUCUGAGGGGAUUUCCUGUCUCAGUGACCUGAUUAGUGAGAUGAAGGGGACGUGUCAGAAGCCAGCGAGCGAAUUCCUGCUGGAUAUCAGACGCACCUUGAGCAGGUGUGAGAUGGGGAAGUUCCAGCAGCCGGUGGAGCUUUCUGCUGAGCUGGAAAAGAGAUUCAGCGAUUUCUCCCAGAAAAAUUUUGCUCUACCGGAGACUAUGAAGAAGUUCAAAGACAUGCUGCGCUCUGAACUGAAGGUAAAAGGGAAAUCCCUGGGAUCAGACAGACCAGUGAAUGUGACUCUAGAUCCAGACACGCCUCAUCCCAAACUCAUUCUGUCUGAGGAUUGGAAAAGUGUGAGAUGGGGAGACACAUGGCAGGAUCUGCCCGACAAUCCUGAGAGAUUUGACUCUGAUCCCUGUGUGCUGGGCUAUGAGGGAUUCACCUCAGGGAGACACUCCUGGGAGGUGGAGGCGGGGGAUGGAUUAUUCUGGGCUGUGGAGGUGGCCAGAGAGUCUGUGAAGAGGAAGGAAGGGGUCAGUUAUAACCCUGAGGGAGGGAUCUGGGCAGUGGAGCAGUGCUGGUGGGGUCAGUACCAGGCUCUCACCUCCCCUGUGACCCCCCUGCCCCUGAGCUGGGUCCCCAGGAGGAUCCGGGUUUCACUGCACUAUGAAUGGGGGCAGGUGACAUUUUUUGAUGCUGAUAACGAGACCCCGAUCUUUACUUUCCCACCAGCAUCUUUCAAUGGGGAGAGAAUCCGCCCCUGGCUCUCAGUGGGGUUGGAAACCCAGUUCAGACUGUGCCCCUGAGACACAUGGGGAAUAUUCCACUGAAUACUGAAAUCAGCCUCUCUAGCCUCACACAUACUAGUCCCCAUGACCCGGGAGGACACUAGUCUUCUUGCAGGCUCCUGGGGUCUCAGGUCUGGACGGUCAAACUACAGCGAUCAGGGAGCGAUUGAGGCAGAGAAAUCAAUCUCAUUGCCCCAUGGAUUGUACUGCCUGUUUGUCACUGGCCUCUGUGGUUCUGGGGACCCUGGGUCAGAUUGUGUCACUGAGAUAUCAGGGGAGUAGCCCUCUGAGAAUUUAAAACAAAAGCGGGGGCUUCUCUAGCCACCAUCAUCCCAGCAUCUGGGCGACUCUCAACUAUCUAGCUUCCUGACUCAUCUUUAUGAGCCUGGAGGAGUCCUGUCUACCCAACCCCUGAUACCUCAUCUCUGGGACACCUGGGAACCCUUCCCCUCCCUCCCUGCAGCCCCAGGGAUGGGAAGAGGGAGGGGUGAAGAACCCCUGGAUCAGCAGGAGGAGCAAAUGGGCCCUGAGGGGCAGAUGUGGGGGCAGUGGGGGCAGAACUGAUGGAGAGACAGGAGGCUGAAGUGAUGGGCCUGGGGAAAGAAUUAAUAGCUUGGCAGGGGACAGGAAGCUGUCAGGAAGCUGGAGGUGGCAGAGACACAGAGUUAGUUAAUUAAUUAGGGUUUGAGUCCUUGGGGACAAGAUGGAGGCACCGCACCAGCAGGGAGCCUGGGAGAAGGAGAGCCAGUGACUGAAGCAUGUGACCUCCAUGCCCUCAAGGAAAGGGAUGCUAGGGUGGGAAAGAGUUUGGGGUUUUCUGAAAGAGAAAAGAAAAAUAAAAGUGAAUAAACAAAGACGCGCCGGGAGAGUGGAGGGAGGCUAAAGUGAAGAGUGAAAGCAAAAAAAUUGUGAGACUUGGAAAGCUCAGGGGGCAACAAGAGGUGAGAAGAUAAACUCAGGGCAGAGAACUGGCAACGUGAGCUGGAGAGAUCUGUGAUCAGGAACAGAGGAGACUGAGGGGAACGCAGGGAAAUAAACAGGGAUGGAAAACAAGGGCCAGAGAAAAUGGUGUGUAAAACCGAAUCAAAUGAAAGAAAAGGGGGAAGAAAAGAGAAUGCGAGAGGGGAGAGGGAGUUUUUUAAAAUGUGACUGAUGUUAUGGAAAUUCUCUCUCAGCUCCUUUUCAGCCUGACUUUUACUUAUUGCAAAUGAAGCAUAUUUAUUCCUUGUUUAUUUCCUUUUAAUUUCCUUGCUGUCAUUUUUGAAGGCAGUCAUGGGUUUCCCCUUGGCCUUUUCCUUAAUUGGUUGUAUUCACUCCCUCUAGCCUCGCACACCCCAGUCACUCUGACGCUGGAGGACUAUUGUCAUCCUGCAGACUGUCUACUGUGCCGUCUCUGUGACCUUAAAUGCUACAAUCUUUGUACUGUCAAACCAGAGAGAACAGGGCGUGAUUGAGAUAGAAAAGGCAAUUUCCUUGCCUUACGGCUUGUGUAGUCUGUUUUUCACUCCCCUCUAUGAUCAAGGAGGACUCUGGCAGCCUCUAGGGUCAGACCCUGAUAGAUAGGGACCCAGGCAUGAAAGCGACAGUGUCAUUCAUGUAACGCAGUAGUUCAUCAUAAGUGGAGCCAUUUAAAAGUCUUUACAAAUGACACAUUGCACAAAUUGGGUCCCUGGUUCCUUUUCUGAUUAUUAAAUAAUCAGGCCUAUGUAGACGAUGUCCUCACAUUUAUAGUAAACAAACAAUUUUCAAUAAAUGUAAAGUUAUUUUCUGCUUGGUGU